AUGUCGGACGCUGUAGAUACAAUUGACAACACGGUCACGGAGGUCAGCUCGAAUAAUGCUAGCCCGAUAAGGACGCAACGCACUCCGGCUUUCGGAAAAGAUCAAGUAUCUCAGCUGCGGAGGCGGCAAGAGGCGCAACGAGACUAUGGCCGCGGUCGCAGAAUACCCGUGAAGGGAAUUAAAGACAAGAAAUUACGAGGAAAUCUCAAGCUUCUUGAGAGCAAAUACAAAAAUGCGACAUUGAAAGCGAAGGAUGCCGAGAUCCUGCUCGAGAACGAGGGGGGGUUCCUCGAACCGGAAAAUGACCUCGAAAGGACGUACAAAGUUAAGCAGGACGACAUCAAGGGCAGCGUAGCGCUCGAAACCGCAAAGAAGGGGUUUGAAUUGAAACUGGAUAGCCUAGGACCGUAUGUGUUCGACUACACGAGAACCGGAAGGGGCUUGCUGCUUGCAGGCAGGAAAGGUCAUGUCGCAACAAUGGACUGGCGCGAUGGGAAGCUCGGAUGCGAGCUGCAACUCGGAGAGACAGUUCGAGAUGCGAAGUGGCUUCACAAUAACCAGAUGUUUGCGGUUGCGCAGAAAAAGUAUGUCUACAUAUACGACAGCCACGGCGUUGAGAUACAUUGCUUGAAGAAGCAUAUUGAGGUCACCAACAUGGAGUUCCUCCCAUACCACUACCUAUUAGCUACGGUGGGUAAUGCUGGGUAUCUCAAAUACCAAGACACGUCAACUGGGCAAGUUGUUAUCGAAAUCCCAACCCGCCUUGGAUCCCCCACCUCGCUCAAACAAAACCCCCACAAUGCAAUCCUCCACAUGGGUCACCAAAACGGCACCGUCACACUCUGGUCGCCCAACUCUACCACUCCUCUUGUUAAACUUCUCGCUCAUCGCGGACCCGUCCGCUCGAUAGAUAUCGAUCGCGAGGGACGUUACAUGGUCUCCACUGGCCAGGACAUGAAGAUGUCCGUGUGGGAUAUCCGCAUGUUCAAGGAGGUUAACAGCUACUUUACCCGUCGACCCGCUUCCUCCGUAGCUAUCUCAGAUACUGGCCUCACGGCAAUCGGCUGGGGGACGCAGACCUCGAUUUGGCGCGGCCUGUUCACCAAGCACGCUCUGGACCAAGAGAAGGUCCAAAGCCCAUAUAUGGCUUGGGGUGGCGAGGGUAAGAAUAUUGAGCGCGUGCGCUGGUGUCCGUUUGAGGAUGUCCUCGGUGUAUCUCACGACGCUGGGUUCUCUUCGAUCAUCGUACCAGGAGCCGGAGAGGCCAACUACGAUGCUCUGGAAAUCAACCCAUACGAGAACACCAAGCAGAGACAGGAGACCGAGGUCAGGACGCUGCUCAACAAGCUGCAACCAGAGAUGAUCUCUCUUAACCCAGAAUUCAUCGGAAACCUCAAUCUCCAGACCGAUGAGCAGCGCAAGGCUGACAAGGAUCUGGAUAAGGCACCGGCGGAGCUUUUGGCUGAUGUCAAGAAUAGAGGGAGAGGCAAGAAUAGCAGUCUGAGGAAAUACCUCAGGAAGAAGGGUGGCAGGAACAUCAUAGAUGAGAAGAAGCUCAAGAUUAUGGAGCUGAGGAAUAGUCAGAGUGAGAAGAAGAUCAAGGAGGCGGAGCAGGAACUGGGACCUGCACUGGGUCGCUUUGCGAAGAAGGGAGGCGCCUGA